GCCCUUUCGGCGCCCCGUCCUCAACGGUCCCUGUCAGCCGCCUCCUCCCCCAGAGAAAGCCGGCGGCCGGGGCCGGUGAGGAAAAGCGAGGCAGGGGGCGGGGCUUCUCCGCCAGUUUCUGAGUUUCCCUGCUCGGCGUUCGGAUGGUGGCCACAAGGAUGGAGAGGAGCAGCACCCUGGCUCGGUAAACGUGCAGGUCAGCUGGUGUUCCGGACCAUGGACUCACUGAGACACGCUGAGGUGUGAAAAUGUCGAGCGGAAACCGGGCCCUCGUGGUGGACUUCAUUUCCUACAAGCUGUCACAGAGGGGCCACAGCUGGAGUCAGUUCGAGGAUGACAGCGAGAACAGGACUGAGUUGGCGGAUGAGAUGGGGAGCGUCCUCAACGGCAGCCCCUCUUGGCAUGCCAGCGGCAGCCCGGUCGUCAACGGGGCAACCGGGCACCCGACCAUCCUCGAAGACCUCGAAGACAGCCCGAGGGUGGAUGUGAGGCAGACGCUCAGGGAGGCAGGCGACGAGUUUGAGCUGAGGUACCGGCGGGCGUUCAGCGACCUCACCUCCCAGCUCCACAUCACCCCUGGCACUGCGUACCAGAGCUUUGAGCAGGUGGUGAACGAACUCUUCCGGGACGGGGUGAACUGGGGGCGGAUUGUGGCGUUUUUCUCCUUCGGAGGGGCCCUGUGCGUGGAGAGCGUCGACAAAGAGAUGCAAGUGUUGGUGGGCCGGAUUGCCAGCUGGAUGGCCACUUACCUGACCGAGCACCUGGACCCGUGGAUCCAGGAUAACGGCGGCUGGGAGCGGUUUGUGGACCUGUAUGGGAACGACGCUGCCGCCAAGAGCCGGAAAGGCCAGGAACGCUUCAACAAGUGGCUCUUGACGGGGGCUACCGUGGCCGGAGUGGUCCUCCUAGGCUCUCUGCUGAGCCGCAAGUAGCCAGAGACUGACUUGCCGCCCGUCUCGGACAGCCCUCCGCCACCGGGGCCCAGAGACGCACGCGCCGCGUUCUGCUCUUCGGCUUUGUGAUCAUUCCAGGGGGUGGGCAACGGGGCCUCUGCCUUGCAAACCCCCCUCCCCACUCUGACCCCCAGCUCUCUCCCCCCACCCACCCCAAACAACUCACAGACCUCUUUCUGGCGCCUCCUACUCCACAGACACCUCCAGCCCAAGGUCACUGCUCCCUAGGUAGGGACAGACCCCCCACACACACACCUUUGGGUGCUGGGCCCCCAAUCCCUACCUCUCCCCCAGAGCAGGCGUGCCCUGCUCCUUCUAGCCGUGAUGGCUCCCAGUCCUGGUGUUUGGUUUGGCUGUUCUUUCCAAGCCCUCUGAGACAGGCCUGGCCCUUGGGCGGGUGGGUGUGCGGGGUCUGGUGCGGCACGGGAUUCACGCGAGUGAGGAAACCCACCCCAGCCCCUGCGCCUUGUCUUCUGGGCUCCGCACCCGAGGCGAAUAGGGAUGCAUUUUGUGCAUCCCUGCGUGAGGGUCUCUGAGGCCCCCGAAGCAGGCCGAAGGCCCACCUGCCACGGCCAAUGAGGGCUUUGCAGCCCAUGGCUGUGAGUGCAGUGGUGGCAGGGGGAAGGUCACCUCCCAAGAGGCCCCUCCUUUCCAGGGGGCCCAGGUAGGCCAGGUAGGGGAAGGACCAGGCAGGCCUGAAGGAGGGGCCGUCGGGCACGGGGUCUGCUUCAUGCCCCACCCGAGAGAGCUCACGCGCCCUUUGGAGAGUCCUAUCCCUGGGAGGGGUCCUGAGGCUGGCCUGGGUGGCUCACCUGCUCCUUUUGAGGUGGUUUCCUUGGUUCUCCCUCCCCUGCAAGCCCUGUGCUAAUCCCCAAAGCCUCACGGCCCUGGCUUUGAGUAGAACGCCCAACGCCUCGCGCCGAUCGAGCCCCAGGGAUGCCCGCAGAGGCUGCUGACCUGAUUCUCCCCGUUGGGCUUCUGUCCCCUCUUGCCGGAGGCUCUCAGGGCCGCCUCAGCCUUCCUGAGCCUCUGCGCCCCGCCGAGGCUCGGCCUUGCCCCUUCCUUCCCCUCCCCGCGUAGCCCUUGCCCCUGGGUAUCCCUGUCUCCACCACCCUGGUUCCUGACGUCCCUUCCCUUAUGCCCCCCAGUGCACGAGAACGCCGCACGGUUCCAACUGUCUUUGUUUCCAAAACGAAGCUGUUGCCGGUGCCCGCUGUACCUGGAUUUGUGGCCGUUUGGGCACGGCGAGACCGUGAUAAAGCAGCAGGACGGCUGAGCCCGGCACACAGCAGGCCUAGCAGGUGCAGGGAACAGAGGAGAGCCCCAAGGUGACCCGGGAGGUGACGGGGUGGGACCCCCAGCUCCUCUUCCUCGCCUCCAUCUUGAAACAGAGGCCAUGACGGCCGGCUGGGCAUUAGGGUCCACCCUGGGUCCCGUGCCGGGCGACCGGCGUUCUCUCGGAGGAGGAGGAGGGGACGCCGCUGUUUCCCGUCCUCUGCGGGUUGCAAGAAGGAGCGGGCGCGAGGUGGGGCCGAGAGGCAGAGGAGAGUCUGCUACGUGGGGCGGCCUCUGGAAGGUGUUUACGAUCCGCUGCUAAUUGCAACGCCGGCCCUCGGGGGACGCUGCGGGGCGGCCGCCCAAGGAACUUCCAGUAAGAGCAAAAAUCAACAGCCCGUGCUUUGCCGGGCAGCGCAGAGUACUGUGGGGAGGAAGGGGAGUGCGAGAGGGGGGGGGCAGUGCAUAUGCCUGGGCUUUCCCCAAACUCCGCAGAGGCAGGUGGGUGGCACACAUGGCUCCCCUCCCUCCCCUCCCCGCUGCCAACACACACAUUUGGCUGUGUGGGGUGCUGCAAUUGCUGGGUCUUUCUGCGGGGGAGAUUCGUGGGAUGGGGGCGAAGGGGCGGCGUACCCUCCCGAAGGGAGCGGAACAGCCGCAGGCCGCCUCGGACAGGGAGCGGCGGGCAGCAGGAUGGACGGCCCGAUGUAGGGCAGCCCCAGACGCGAGGCCGGCCCUUGCCUGACGGUGCCACCUCAGUGCUUUACCAGAAUCGCCAGCCUCGUCUAGCGGUUGCCAUGGCAGCGUGGCCCACGUGGUCCAGGCGGUGAUGGGGAUGAGGGGCGGGGGGGGUGGCUUGGCAUUCAAAGGCAGCUCUGCUCGGAGGCCGUUUCUGCAGGACCUGCCGCUGUUGGGCGGAGAACAGCUCUCCUUUGGCAGUGGGGGGGGGGGCGAGGGGAGAGAGACGCUUCUGUGAGCGAGGACAGGGCCCAGCGGUGCCUCCCUUGGUCUCCGCAGCAGCCAAGGGCACGGGGUCUCCCUUGAGGGGUGGGCCAGGCGUGUUUGGCAUGAGCCAGGCAUUGCGCGGGGGGCAGAGGGCCCAGUUCUGUACCCCUUCCCCCCCACCCUCUCUCCCAACCGUAACAGCAUUAUCCGCGCCUCCCCCCCAUGCGCCUGUCUCUGGAUCGGGCCCCAAAUGCCCUGCCCAAGCACCUGGGCCCCCUCCCCAGCAAGUGAUGCCAUUUCAACACGCACGCACGCACGCACGCACCCCCGUGGUUCGGCUUGUGACAUAACCUCAAAACGCCCCCCUGCCCUAUUGACGGGUCCGGGGGGGGGCAGCUUGCAGCUCCCCUGCCCCCACCCCAUCCUCUUGCCCUGUACAGGCUCAGCUGUAUAUAUCGAAGAGUAGUUUUUAUUCAGUUGUGAAUACGAUAAUACUAUUUUUGUUAACUGUAUGUCUGUAUUUAUGUGUGUUGGCUGUGCUCUGCCCCCACCACCACCCAGCCCCCCCCCCCCCGAAUCUCAGUUAACCUCGUUUUCAUGAACCAGACCCCAGCGAAUGAGAAUGGCCGCCACCGUGGACCAGACCCGGAGGGCUGGCGGCCCCACGCCGUGGCAGCCCGCCUCGCCCUCUUCGACGUGUGGCCGUGGAACCUGCGAAGUCGCCCGUCCGUCCGUCCGUUUGUGUUCAGGGUCCCCCCCCCCAAACCCACCACCACCCCAUAUUAGGAAAAAAGAAGACGUUUGAUUUGAAGGUGGAAGUUGAGUUCUUCUAAUAAAACUGUGGUGUUUGA